AUGAAUGGUGUCGCUCUUCAUUUCUGGAACAGAUUGCGUAUGUUUUUGAACCUACUGUUAAAGAAGCAGGAAAGAAUUGGCGCUUUGAAGAGUGAAAUGAAAAAGAAAAAUUGCACAGAAAGCGAAACUUCUGCUGCGGUCAAAACCAUAGCAAGCCAGUGCACCGAAGUAAAAAUGAACAUCUCUCUGAGGAACAUCACUGAAUUGCCAGCGCAUCUUUUUAACUCACAAGAAGUCAGUAUCCUUCAACAGUUUUUUAUUAAGAAUUCUAUUUAUUAUGAUUGUAAAGCGGAUCCAUCGAAGCAUCUGAAGGCAUUUUAUUAUCUAACGCGAUGUUCUGAAUCUCUCUACAAUAAGCCGUUCAACUGCUUUCCUCUGAGAAGAACAUUCAUACCUAUACUGAACAUGAAAUCCAAAGCUAUGAAGCCUCAAGGAGGCAAUAGACAAAUGAAUUUUAGAGGUACUAUUCACACAGAUGGUGUUGCCGUAUCCAUUUUGAAGCAGACCUAUGACAGUAAGAAGAAAGGUUCUGGAGGCUGCAUGCGAAAUGAUAAGAAGAUAGAAGAAGACAUUGCUUACAUAGAAAGUCUAACUUACAAAAAUAAUUGUGUUUUGAUUGACCCCGGACGGCGUGAUAUUACCGUUGAAAAGAAAAGAGCUUACCGCUAUACGAAAAAUCAAGGGAACAUUGAGAAAAAAACAAGAAAGUUCAUGAAACUUUGUGAAAUACUGAAACCAGAGGCCGUAAGCAAUGCAGAAGCGAUUCUUUCACGUUUAAAGUCAUCCACAGUCAUAAAAGAUCAAUACGUAGAAUAUAUAAGACAGAAAGCUACCGUGACUCAAGUUCUUCAGGAAUACUACUCGAAUGAAGACUUACCUUUAGAAGAACGUAACACUAAUAUGUUACCAUUUCGAAAGCUAAAACUAUCAAGCUACAUUAAUCGACAGCAAUCUGACAGACGUCUUUGUAAGAAUAUCAGAAAAAACUUUGGCAACGAUGCUGUUAUUGUUAUUGGUAACUGGUCUGCGGGGAAUGUCAAGUUCCAUGAACCGAUUAGAGGAGUUGGCAUGAGAAGAAUGCUUCAAAAAGAAGGUUUUCUGGUACACCUGAUUGAUGAAUUCAAAACAUCCAGUAUAUGCCCGGUAUGUAAAGGUGAUGUAGAAACUUUCAAAGAAAUCGUGAAUCCAAGGCCCUUUAGAAGGGAAAAAUAUCCAACCGUAAAACGUCAUGGUCUUUUAAGAUAUGAAACUUUUAAUUAUGCUUAG